CCGAAUUCACGUCAUCAUACACCAAUUGACAUAUUGGCGUUUAAAAUGGACAUGUAAACAAUAUCCGUAUAAUCAAAAUGUAAUACACGAAUUCAACCAUCUCCCACUUACUGUAACUCUCAGAAUAGCUAGCUUUAACAAUGGGUAAGCCGAAGUUUGAUCUCCCGUCAUCCAUAUUCCCGUACAAAAUUCCCAGAAGACUGAACAUUCUGAGCGUACCAAGAAAGUAUAUUAUCGAUACCAGCGAAGGCAUGCCUGCUUUAACACCCAGAGGUAUUAGGAAGUCGGCUCUGUACAGUCAAAUAUCGGAUAGAGUUAAUGACGCUGCGUGGCCUUAUAUAAGGCGGUUUCUAACAAUUAAACGAAUGUACAAACACCGGUUCAAUCAAGAAAGAAUGGAACGUAUCGAUCGCAUGAUAGAAGCUGCUAACACUACAUGCUAUUCGAAAUUAGCCAAUUGUGUACUGGACUUAAAGAAAACUGACGCAAAAGAUGUGAAAAAGAAGAAAGGAUGGUCUGAAAGCGAAUGGAAGAAACACAUGGAUUAUAUUAGUCAGAUUGCAGGACCUAAGAAGGAUUUUAGACCGCCUGCUGUAAAGAGAGGUACAGGCAAACCACUCGAAGCUUUGCUACCAAGAAUCAAUCAGAUUUGCUUCAGGCCCGACUUCAAAGUUUACAGGCGACAAUCCCAAGAAGUGUGGUACAGAGACCCAGUUAAGGUACCUCCUAACGCACUAAAGUACGUAAUAUCAGACAGAGUGAAGAAGCUAGCCACUCCGAGAGCUAUACCGCAAGGAGAUUAACGAUGUAAUCAAUCCAGUAAUUACUAAAUUAAAUUGUAAUAUCAUACUGACGAAAAUAUCGUCAUCUCGUAGACUUGUCGCAGAAUCUUUCAGAUAAUAUAUCGAAUAGUAUUUAUUGAAAUUACAUAGUUAUAUAAAUAGUAUAGAAAAUGCAUGAUAUAUCGUGUUAUUUACGUUAGUAUGAUUAUAGUAAAAAUGUAAGUUAAAACACAGGUCCAAUCUUA